AGAAGUUCAGAGAAAAUGGAUUCAACAAUAUCAAUUGAAGAACAGGCAUUAGAAAAAAGAAAAAUCUUGAAUGAAGCCAUUUUAAGUGGCGAUUCUCAAGUGCAGAAGUUUUAUGAUGACGCAGUCGUGUUCGUCACGGGUGGAUCAGGCUUCAUUGGCAAGCAGCUGAUCGAGAAAUUGAUGCGGUCAGCAAAUAUAAGAAAAAUGUAUAUGUUGGUGCGUCCGAAGAAAGGAAAAAGUGUUGUAGAAAGAGUUAAUCAUGUUUUAAAGAACCCGGUAUUUACAAUUCUGCGCAAUGAUAAGCCUAGUUUCGUGGACAAAAUAGUGGGAAUUGAAGGCGACGUCUCUGAGAUUAAUCUUGGAAUUGAUGAAAAGACAUGGGCCAUGCUCACCAAUGAGGUAAACGUGAUAAUUCAUGCGGCUGCUACCGUCAAUUUGGUUGAAACUAUCAAAAUGUCGACCUUGAUAAACAUCCGUGGGACAAGAGAGAUGCUGAAGUUGGCUAAAUCUUGCACGAACAUUAAGUCGAUAGUUCACGUGUCUACAACCUACGCUAACGCUACGAAGAGUCGUGUCAAAGAUGAGGUGAAAGAAGACUUCUACGACAGUCCAAUUCUACCAGAUGCGUUGAUACAACUAGCAGAAAGUGUUCCUGAAGAUACUUUAAACAGCAUGAUAGCACCGCUUAACCAAGAUUGGCCGAACAGUUACACCUUCACGAAAACCGUUACCGAAGAUCUUAUAAGGCGUCAUGCAAGAGACCUGCCUAUUUGUAUCGUUCGACCUGCGAUAGUGAUAGCCGCGUAUGAGGAACCGAUGCCUGGAUGGGUUGAUGAAAAAAACGCAUUUGGACCAAGUGGGAUGAUACUUGGACCUUAUAUGGGUGUUACACACACAUACAUAGCAAAUAAUGAAAUAAAUGUUGAAUUAGUACCCGUCGAUUUAGUUAAUAACGCUAUAAUAGCUGCUGCUUGGGAAACAUAUGAGAAUUUCAAAAAAGGUGACAAGAAAAUAAGUAUAUACGCAAUUUCUGGCAAAAGAAAUCCGAUUAAGUGGGGACAAUUGAGAGACGGAACGUACAGGGCACAAUUCAAGUUUCCGGCAAAAGAGGCUAUUUGGUACCGCUUUGCUGUUCAAGCUAGAUGCAAAUUUAUAUAUGUCAUUUUAUCAUGGCUGUUACAUUAUAUACCGGCUCUGAUAAUUGACGGAUGCUGCUUAUUGAUGGGAAAGAAACCAAGAUUACUCAAGACAUACAAAUUAGCUGACACUCUCUUCUCAGUUUUUAAUUAUUACACUACCAACGACUGGGUGUUUUGUGACGCAAACACUUUCUCACUUUACAACAAAUUGUCGGACACAGACAAACUCUUAUAUAACUGCGAUAUGGCGUCUGUAGAUAUAGUAAAAAUGGUCUUUCUGUGGUGCUAUGGGGUUAUGAAAUAUAUCGCCAAGGAAGAAAUCGGUAAUAUAGAGUACGCGACGAAAAAACAGUUUUGCUAUUGCUUCGGCUGA